GUGUGCUGUUGACUCCGGCUACGAGCUCUCGCGCGGUGCCUGCCUCCUUUACGAAUCACUGGGUAAUAACGGCUAUUCGAGCUGAUAGAGGACGUUAGCAUUAGCUAGCAUCGCUUUUUAAAUGCCUUUGGCCAAGAAAAUGAUUAAAUUGAGAGCUACAUUACGUGCUGUUAUGUUCUAGAAAGUCUCGAUAGCGCGGUAGCAAUGUAACUAAUAUCAUGUGCGGUGAGAGGUGUGUCAUUUACUGUCCACAUCACCUUUUUCACACGGUGUUGAGAACUCUUUAGUGACCCAGCAUCAAACGUCUUGGCAUAUUUGCUAAAUGUAGUUAUUUACCUCAUGACUUCGCAGAACGGCAUACCUUUUAGCGUUAUCAACCAGUUUUUAUGUUUCAUAACAUUUCAUAACAUUUUUUCUACAAAAGGUGACCUGGUUGUUUUAAUAAAGAUUAGAUUUCCUAAUGGCACAAGAAGAAUGCACUUCUCAAAGGAAAGAAACAAACACUGUAACACUUCGAAACAGAAAAAUCCACUCCUCUGCAGGACAUUCUAAUCAGUCCCAAAUCACUCCUGUAUCAAAAGACAAAAUCUCGAGAGAUUAUGGAUGCUUGUCAAAUGAAGACACCGGGUCCUCAGAUGGCUCAUCACCUGAGUUUGUGGGCAGAGGAAGUAAUGGCUUCCACAGCAAACUGCUGCUGGUUCUAGUCGUGGGACUAUCUUUCUCUACCCGCCUCUACAAGAUAGCAGAGCCCCCACACGUCUGCUGGGAUGAAACCCACUUUGGAAAGAUGGGAAGCUACUACAUAAACAGAACCUUCUUCUUUGAUGUCCAUCCUCCUCUUGGAAAAUUCUGUGCCGUGUUGGGCUCCUUCCUCCCGGUCUUUGGCUACCUCACAGUGUUUGAGCUGUCUGAGUCUCAGAGUGCUGCUCUUAUCACUGCCACCCUCCUCAUUUUUGACACAGGCUGCAUCACCAUCUCUCAGUACAUCCUGUUAGACCCCAUACUCAUGUUCUUCAUCAUGGGAGCAGUGCUGAGUAUGGUCAAGUUCAGCAAGCAGAGACACAGGCCUUUCACUGCCCCCUGGUGGCUGUACCUGGUACUGUGUGGUUUUAACCUUGCUGGGGCUCUUGGUGUUAAGUUUGUGGGUUUAUUUGUCAUCCUCCUGGUGGGGCUGAACACAAUCUGGGACCUCUGGAGACUUUUGGGAGACCUGAAUCUCUCACUGAUGGACAUUGCUAAGCACUUUCUGGCUCGGGUUGUUGGACUCAUUCUGCUUCCAGUCUUCCUCUAUAUUACAAUAUUUGCUGUCCACUUUGUUGUGUUGAGCAAAAGUGGACCAGGCGAUGGUUUCUUUAGUUCUGCCUUUCAGUCCCGCCUAAUUGGGAACAAUCUGCACAAUGCAUCCAUGCCUGAGUACCUGGCCUAUGGCUCCACCAUUACAGUGAAAAACCUCCGUAUUGCUGGAGGUUAUUUACACUCUCACUGGCACUUAUACCCAGAGGGAGUGGGAGCGAAGCAGCAGCAGGUGACUGCCUACCUCCAUAAGGACUACAACAACCUGUGGCUGGUUCAUCCACAGGAUGAAAAUAAUCCUCAGUCAGAGACUCCUGAUCUGGUUCGUCAUGGUGACAUAAUUCGAUUGGAGCACAAAGAAACAACCCGUAACCUUCACAGUCACCUCCAUGAAGCCCCUCUAACCAAGAAACACCUACAGGUUACCGGCUAUGGAACUAACAGAACCGGAGACGCCAAUGACCUGUGGCAGGUGGAGGUGUGUGGGGGCCGAAAGGGCGACCUGGUGAAGGUUCUGCGCAGCAAAGUCCGCUUUCUGCACAGAGCUACCGGCUGUGUGCUUUAUUCCUCGGGCAAGACUCUUCCAAAGUGGGGCUGGGAGCAGAUAGAAGUGACCUGUAGUCCCUACUUGAAGGAGACUCCAAGCUCUCAGUGGAACAUUGAGGAUCACAUCAAUCCCAAACUACCCAACAUAAGUCUGUCUGUACUGAAGCCAAGUUUUCUGGAAAUCCUACUAGAGUCACACAUUGUUAUGAUAAGGGGUAACAGUGGCUUAAAACCCAAAGAUAAUGAAAUGAAUUCCAAACCUUGGCAUUGGCCCAUCAACUACCAGGGAUUGAGGUUUUCAGGAGUUAAUGAGACAGAGUAUCGCAUUUAUCUGCUGGGAAACCCUGUGGUCUGGUGGAUAAAUCUGGCCAGUUUGGGGUUGUACCUCAUCAUGGUGGCAGUGACAUCUGUAGUCAUCCAGAGAGGAUUAUCACUGGGGCAAAAAAUAAAAGAAUAUUUACAUGUGCUCUCGAAAGGAGGAGGCCUUCUGCUCCUUGGCUGGCUGCUGCACUAUGUCCCUUUCUAUACUAUGGGUCGUGUCCUCUAUUAUCAUCACUAUUUCCCUGCAAUGCUCUUCAGCAGCAUGUUAUCAGGAAUCACAUUAGACCUCCUGCUGAGAAGUGGCGACCUGUUCCUCCCACCGACUUACUCUGAUUGGCUGCAGAGAGGCGGGCAGAUGGCCCUUCUGUUCAGCGUUCUGUACAGUUUCUACCUGUUUAAUCCGCUGUCAUACGGCAUGACGGGUCCUUUAUCACACGAACCCGGCAGCAUCAUGGCUGGCCUGAAGUGGAUGGACUCAUGGGAGUUUUAGCACAAACACAACACCAAUGUUCUGAUGUAUGCAUGCUGUUCUAAGUAUGAAGGUCUCAAAGUUUCUUGGACUGUUGGUGUUUACACAUAGAUAUUUGUGUAUGAGAAUCUCCCGGUAUUUUCGGUCACUGUAUUCCAUGUGCUGCAAGCUAUGACAGUUCAGGCAUUUGAUGAGACCGACAUAUAUUCCAACAGUAUAAAGGACAGUGUUGUGGAGUCUAUGAAAAUAAAGUAGACUUUAAUAGUCACCAAGCUGCCUUAAGUCACAACACAGCUUCCAUCUGUGUUAAGAAAGUGCCUUAGAGAAACAGUUGUGUGGUCACCCUAAAUGAGGGGAAAUGAGACAUUUUCCUGAUUGUAUGAAAUCACAUGUUUGGUUACCAUUUUUCAAAGAAUUUAUUUUCACUCCAACUGUUCAGAUUCUUUGUGAUGGAAUGUUUUUUUUAAUUGUAUGUAGCCAUUAGUGUUGUCUGUUGUGGCUACUACUGAGUCUGCUUACAUUUCAGUGUGGUCAAUAAAUAGUGUUAUUCUUGUAUUUUCUGCUUUCUUGUAAUAAAUCCUUUAAUAAAAGAUGAAACAUAUUUACAAAUGG